AAUGGAAUCACCGCCAGCAGCAGCAAGUAACCUCAAGAUGCGCAAACCAAGUCCCAAGCCGACGGCAAUACCCGUUGCCCAAGGAGCAAGUGGUGGAGAUGAUGAAGUUCUGCGGGUCGACAAUAUCGAGACCAUUGCCACCCUCCCGCAAACAAACAACGGAGAGCCACGACCGAUGCCACGAUGGCGAUAGGCGAUGCUGUCCAUCGGGGUAGCCCUCGGCUUUUUCCUGUCGGUGAUGGACUCUUCCAUCGUUGCCACAUGUCUCUUCAACAUAGCCCUCGAGUUCGGUGAAGUCGGGAUCAUAAACUGGGUUGCAUUGGCUUAUACCCUGGCUCACCUCAGCUGUGCGGUGCUCUAUGCCCGCGUUUCAGACGUUGUUGGCAGGAGGGCGGCCUUUUUGGCGGCUUACGCAAUUUUUCUCGCCUUCUCAAUAGCAUGCGCCCUGAGCCGGAAUAUGCGGCAGUUGAUCGCUUUUCGAGCACUACAGGGUCUAGGGGGGUCAGGACUUUACAGCAUCCCACUGGUCAUAUUGCCGGAAGUUACGCCGCCACCCUUGAAGAAGUUCAUCGGCCCCAUCGCAGGUGCGGCAAUCACUUCCUCUGGCGUCCUGGGUCCAGUGCUCGGCGGCAUUCUUACCCACUAUUUUGGCUGGAGAAGUGUCUUUUGGCUCAAUGGUCCUCUCGGCGGCCUGUCCUUGCUUGUCUUCGUCUUUGCCUGGCCGGGCGAAGAGUACCUGCCAACUCGUGUACUGAGAGGCUGGAGUGAUGUUGACUACUUGGGCUCUUUCUUACUUCUUGCAGGAGCGGUCUUGAUUGUAUUUCCCUUCCAAAACUCGCCCAAAGACGGCGAAUGGUCCCGACCGACCUUUUUCGCGCCGCUGACUGCCGGGGUGCUUGCCUUCACUGCUCUCAUCGGUUGGCAGUACUUUGUCAAAUAUCAUCGCCGACGAGACCUAGCUAUGGCCUUCCCCUUCGAACUUCUCUACAACCGAGUUUAUGUUUCUACUGUCUUUCACACUAUGUUUAUGGGGUUCCCUUACUUCUUGUCCAUGUAUGCGUUUCCUAUACGCUUCCAGAUGGUCUACGGGAAGAGCGCGCUAGAAGCGGGUGUCAUGCUUCUGCCUAUACUGGUGGCGUCGGCCGUGGCAAUCUUUGCGGCCGAUCAGAUCAACCGCAAGGGCAAGCACGAACGGUUUUUUGAAACAAUGGUUAUGGCAUGCUUACUUUCAGCGCUGGGUUGUGGGCUUGAAAUGAUGGCGUCCAGUGACGAAGGGUUUGAGCCCAGAGUAUUGGGAUUUCUGGCUCUGAUCGGGUUUGGCUUUGGUUUGUCGUCCGCGGUGUCGACAUUGCUGGCCCAGUUGGCGUCACCAGUCCAAGAACAUGCAACGGCGCAAGCGAUCGUGGCUCAGGCACGUAUUCUUGGGGGUAGCCUGGGCAUCGCGGCUUCGUCUGCCAUCUUGGGCGUCAAGAUUCGCGAAGAACUAGCCAGCAGAGGAAUAAACCCUGACAUGCUCGGGUACAUGGGGUUAAACGUGUCAACCUUCUCCGAAAAGCAGUGGGCGCUCAUCAGGCAAGUGUACACGGAUGCCUUGAAGGAGGAUAUGAUUGUUUGCUGCGGAGUGCUGGUUGCCGGAUUGCUCUGCACCGCUGGAAUCUAUAGUCAGAAGCGGACAUCUGUAGCGGAGAUGCUGCGAAAGCGGAGGCUAGACGGGGAGGCAAGACAAACGGCUUUGGCUGCUGCAAGGUCUGGUUGGUGAUGUAGUUGUGCACUGUGGCCGAAACAGCGAUUCAGAAAUGCUUAGCGGGUAUAAGUUUCUUAAUGUCAAGGGAUAGACUUGGAUAGCGCGGCCAAAGAGGUGCUGCUGAGGUGCUGCUGGGGUGGUGCUGAGAUGUGUUUAUGGCUGAGAAGCCUGAGAUUACUAGUACGGAGGUACUCGUGCGUGUGAAAAGGGGCUCAGGGGCUGAGGCUGGGAGCCGUGCGGGGUAGGGAUGCUUAUCGCCGGCAGCGACUUGCGG